ACCACCCCGGAAAAAACCAGGAAAAAAAAAGUCGUCCCGGCUUUUUUUUUUUCUUUUUUUUUUCCCUUACCUUUCGCCUUUUCGCCCCGCCAACGAAAACAACCCAUCAAGCCUUUCGUUUUCUCGCAUCGCGAACCACCCGCUCCCCAUAUGACGUCGCCUGCGAAUCAGCAGAACCCCAUCCCGGCGACCAACACCAACGCUCCUACGGCAACUUCAUAUGCCUCCGCAGCAGGUGCGCCAAAGAAGCCCGCUCAGGCGCCUGUAGUUGCGUCCGGCUCGAACGCCCCCCUGGUAGUUGGCUCAGCUGCCUCGACGGCACAGAAUGCCAAAGCUGCCUCAUCUCCUUCUCCAGUAAACGGCAAACAGGCCGCGGCCCCUACCGUCGCUCGCGGCAGCACUCUCAACGGCUCUGCCCCCGACCACCUUCGAAAAGGCUCCGUCACCAUGGCUGCCAACGGCCCCAGCGGCUUCGUUCCCAACGGCGGCUCCAUUGGCGCCGCCAAGUCGGCCAUCCAGUUUGGAUACGACUCGCCUGCCAUGGGUCACAGCACUCCUCAUGUUGGCCACUCGGCUCCUAUCCCAGUUCCUGAGGGCAACAAUCACCACCGAGUUCCCUCUCCCGCUCACUCUCCUGCGCCUAUUCCCCAGCCCUCUGCUAGCGGUGGCCGACCUCCGUCUAGCUUGCAGCAGCCCACCAACCAGAUGACUUUUGGUAGCCUUGGAAGUGACGGUGAUCGUCAUAUGAGACAAGGUUCCGUGCCUCCAAACCAGAACCUGGCAUCUCAGCCCAAUUCACACUUCCGCCGCGAGUCUGGCCAUUCUGUGCAGAGUGACAGCAGCCGUGGCAACUUUAACCCUCAGAACAACCGAAACCGUAACUCAUUCAACCCUCAUGCUGCUCAGUUCAACAAUAACCACCAGAUGGGCUACCCUCCCAACAACCAGUAUCGACCUGGCCCUGCCCAGAACCGUGGCAUGCCUCCUGCUUUCCAGCCGAAUCGACCCUACCCGAACUCGCCCCAGCCCAUGACACGAAGCCCUGCUCUGGUGUCUUCGCUGCCCGGCACCCCCAACUUGACUCCCGCCACGAUGCCGCCACCCAACCUGGCUAUGGGAACGCCUCCGCAGUACCAUUAUCCGCCACCCAUGGCGCCGCAACAUCAGCAACAAACGUACGGAUUUCCCCCGCAGCAGAUGAACCAAUAUGGCCAGCCCAUGACAGUGCCGUUUGGCUACAAUGGCAUGCCUUACAUGGGACCCCCCCAACCCAACGCCCAGCCUUUCAACCAGCCUUUCGUACCUCCGUUCCACCAACAGAGCCACAGCAUGUCUCGAUCGCCCUCGCAGCCUGAGCGGGCUCCCAGCGCCGGCCAGCCGAGCCAGCCCGCCAUCGUGUCAUCUAACCCACAGGCUCUCAACGCCCAGCCAAAGGGUGGAAGCCCCUUUGCUCCUCGCCAGAGGAAGAGCGCAGCAAUUCAAAUUAAAAAUCUUGCCGGUGAGGUUGUUGAUACUUCGGCUUUCAAGCAGCCAGCUUCUCCUUCUCCCAGCACCCAUCAGACCAAGACUCCUCCUGUCGCCUCAACCCCAACCCCCCCUCAAAAGCCUGACACGCCCACCCAUGCUCGUACAGAGAGCCACUCAGUAAACAGGUCCGCCAAGGAGAUCCAGGAGGAGCUCAAGGCAAAGAUUAUUGCCGCUACGCAGAAGCAGCAGCUCGCUUCCAAAGAGGAAGAAGAGAAGAAGGAAAGUGAGGCUCCUAAGCCUGAACCCAAGCCUGAGGCUACAUCUGAAGUCAAGCCUGAGGCCAAGGUAGAGCCCGUCGAACCCAAGGUCGAGGCCAAGGCAGAGGAAACCAAGGUGGAAGAGCCCAAGGCAGAAGUGCCCAAGGUUGAGGAGGCCAAGGUUGAAGAACCAGCCAAGAAAUCUGAGGAGACUAAGCCUGAGCCCCAGCCCAAGGUUGAAGAGCCCAAGGUUGAAGAGCCCAAGGUUGAAGAGCCCAAGAUUGAGGAGCCCAAGGUUGAAGAGCCCAAGGUGGAAGAGCCCAAGGUCGAGGAGGCUCAGAAGCCUGAGGAGCCAGCCAAGGCUGAAACCGAAGAAGAAGAGCUUGAGCGGAUUAUUGCGGAGAUGGAGGCUGCCGAGGCCAAGCGUGAAGCAGAGGAAGCAGAGCACAAGAAGAAGAGAGACGCUGAGAAGGCUGCGGCUAAGGCAUUGGAAGAGAAGAAUGCCAAGACCAAUGCUGAAGAACAGGACCGAAAGCUUCGAGAACAGGAACGAGAGAUGGAGAGACUCGAAGAAGAGAAGGAGAAGCGACGAGAGGCUGCUGAAGCUACUGGAAAGACUCUCUCCUUUACUGAAGCUCUUGCUCUGGCUCGUGGCGAAAAGAAGGACGAGCCUGCUGGCCCCGACUCAGUUGCCGAUAAGCUGGGCGACCUGAGCAUUGGAGACAAGUCUGCUGAGGCUGCCGGUCCCAAGGAGAAGCGAGUUGCCAAGCCUGCUGCUCUGAACCUGGCACCCAUCAAGACCGGUGCGGUGGAGCCCCCCCAGCCUAGUGCCGCUCUCCAGUCUUUGAAAUCUGCUCGCUUCCUUGCGGUCAUGAACCAGGAUAUCUACCCCGAAGGAAUCAAGUCUCCCAACCCAGCCCUCAACGCUGCCGUCGCAAAGAAGGGCAAGACCUUCAAGUACGACGCCGCUUUCAUGCUCCAGUUCCAGAAGGUCUUCACGGAACAACCCUCACUGCAGUUCCACCAGCAGAUUAAGCAGCUGAUUGGCGAUGGCGAUGGCGGCCGAUCUGCAUCGCGAGGCCAGACCCCUAGCUCAGCCAGACAGGGAUCUCGCGGUGGAGGUGGUUUCCCCGGCGGUUCUUUUGGUGUUCCUGCAGGACGCACUCUGCCUCCCGGAACCACAUCAGCCGACCGCAUGGCUAUUGCCAGCGGCGCCCUGCCGCGACCGCAGGUCAACCCGAUGGCAUCCUUCCAGCGCCCUGGCUCUGGAUUCCCCGGUUCAUCUGCCAUGUCUCGCACUUCUUCUCAGAACAUGCGCAACAUGCCCAACUCUCCCCGCCAGUCCAGCCGGUCUACUCGUGGUAGCCGACGCAACGACAACGCUGCCAAGGAAGCACAGGCUGCUAAGACCAUGCCUCUCACCGCUGGCAUGGAGCUCAAGCCCAUUGUUGUUUCUGCCACCGGAUGGAAGCCUACUAGUGUCGGAGCCAAGCCCGGUGCUGCAGCUCCUGGCCCGAGCCAGCACAUGGAGCCAGAGAUGGUUCAGCGAAAGGUCAAGGCCGCUCUAAACAAGAUGACACCUGAGAACUUUGACCGUAUUGCGGAUCAGAUCUUGCUUAUUGCCUCGCAGUCAAAGGAUGAGUCUGAUGGCCGGACACUGCGCCAGGUCAUCCAGCUUACCUUUGAGAAGGCUACUGAUGAAGCUCACUGGGCAUCCAUGUAUGCCAAGUUCUGCAAGCGCAUGCUUGAGACCAUGAGCUCUGAUAUCCGUGACGAGAACAUCAAGGACAAGAAUGGCCAAGUUGUUAGCGGCGGAAACCUCUUCCGAAAGUAUCUCUUGAACCGAUGCCAGGAGGAGUUUGAGCGUGGCUGGACAACCAACCUGCCGGAAGCCCCAGAGGGUGCUGAAGAUACCGACAAUAAGCCUACGGAUGCUAAGCCUACGGAGGCUGCUCUCCUAUCUGACGAAUACUACGCCGCCGCCGCAGCUAAGCGACGAGGACUUGGUCUCGUUCAGUUCAUCGGAGAAUUGUUCAAGCUGGGCAUGCUUACAGAGCGUAUCAUGCACGAGUGUGUUCGCAAGCUGGUCGACUACCAGGGUCUGCCAGACGAGGCUGAAGUCGAGUCUCUCUGCAAGCUGCUUCGCACUAUUGGUGCCAAUCUUGACGAAACCAAGGGCCGUCCUUUGGUAGACGCCUACUUCCAGCGCAUCCAGGGCAUGAUUGAUCUGCCUGAGCUGCAGAGCCGUAUCAAAUUCAUGCUCAUGGACAUUGUCGACCUCCGAAGAGCCCGUUGGGUCUCGAAGGAGGCUAACAAGGGCCCCAAGACCUUGGAAGAGGUUCGCGCCGAGGCCGAAGCUCAGCAAGCUGCAAAGGCUCAGGAAGCCGCACGAAGCAACCAGCGAGGUCCUGGCGGUGGUCGACCUCCCGUCGGUCGCGGCGAUGCUCGCAACUUUUCUGGUGGCUUCCAACAGCAAACUAGUAACCAGGUUGGUGUGGACGACCUGAGACGUCUCAAGGGUUCAUCUAUGAACAGAGCAUCAAGCUCAAAUGUCACCCUGGGUCCCGCUUCGAUGCUCUCCUCUCGUAGCAACAGUGGAAGACGUUUCGGACCUGGUGGCGCCCUUGGCCGCUCUGGCGAUGAUUCCAACAGCUCUUCACGCGCUGGAACUCCUGGCCCCACAAGCUCUAAUGCGUUCAGUUUGCUUGCUACUAUGGACGGAGACCACCCGGCUUCCCCUCCUUCUGCUGGACCCUCGCCUCUUAUGUCUAAGGCUGUCCCUGCCACUGACAAGAAGGACAAUGAAUAAAAAAAGUUUUCUUUAUUCUCGGUGUCUCUGCAUUUCGGGGAGGGAAAUAGACUAAAGGCGGGGUUGUGUUUUUUUUAUUGCAUUUACAAGGCUUUUAUGCAACGUUUCACUAAAAGUUUGAGCACGCAUUUUACUCGCGAUACCUUUUGCCCCAUAGAUCAUUUGACCAUAACGGGUGGACAGAUGUUGCCUCCCCCAAGAGGAGGGGAGAGGAACUUGUUUUUCUUUCUCUUUUUCUUUCCCCCCUUUCUACUGUCUUCGGACUAGGGAAUUCAUCAUGAUUUUUUUCUAUUCAUGAAUUGUGUUUAUAGCUUC